AUGGCCAGAAUCCACCCUGGACAGAGCUAUCUGCUAAGUUACAAUAAUCUACAGUUGUUGGGGUUUGUGAAUCAUGUGCAUCAGGGAAUUGGCUUGUCUAUACUGCAUGCGAGUGUUCGGCUAGUCAAUUCUUCACCGUUUACAGUCGGUAUACAACUGUUUUCCAGAGUGUUCGUGAUUUGGGGCAUUCUCUUCUUAGUACCGAAUUCAAAGCAUCAAACGAUAGCCGUACCUCUUACGAUCCUAUCUUGGUGCUGUGCGGAGAUAAUUCGUUACUUGUUCUACGCCCUCAACAUAUGCAAUCUUGUUUUUUAUCCAGUUAAACUCCUCAGGUAUUCGGGCUUCAUGCUACUAUACCCAACUGGAAUAAGCCUUUUUCCAAAGACCAUUAAUCUUCCACUUUAUUCACUUCUGUUGCAUCAUAUUGAUUAUGAUUGGCUACCACCUCCGCGUUUCAUGUAG